UAAUUAUAGUGCCAGUUUAUUAAAGCAUGAAUCGCUUAUAAAUAACCAUUAGAAGUUAGGAUAGAGGCCUCGAAAUCUUCUAGAAUUUACAAAUCAUAUCUCUCUAAGCACUCUGCAAUGGCUAACGAAUUUUCUCUUGCCUUGUAUGAGAAAGUUGCUUGUAAAAACAUUAUCCAAAGAGCAUUGGAUAUCGCUCUCUUGUUCCUUCUCGUUUCUCUCCUCUUUUAUCGCCUCUAUUCUCUUAACAACCAUGGCUUUGUCUGGCUCCUUGCUUUCUUUUGCGAGUCAUGGUUCACGUUCAACUGGUUUCUCCUUGUUAGCUCCAAAUGGAAUCCUGUAGACUUCAAAACGUAUCCAGAAAACCUUGCACAAAGGUUUCCCGAGCUUCCCCUUGUGGACAUGUUUGUUACGACUGCGGACCCUGUGCUAGAGCCGCCUAUUAUAACUGUAAACACCAUUCUCUCUUUGUUGGCUGUUGAUUAUCCAGCUGACAAGCUAGCUUGCUAUUUAUCGGAUGAUGGCUGCUCCCCUCUCACCUUCUACUCUCUGGUGGAAGCAUCAAAAUUUGCCAAGCUUUGGGUCCCAUUUUGUAAGAAGUACAAAAUUCAAGUUAGGGCUCCCUUUAGAUACUUCUUGGACGAUCCUAUAUCCUUCACCUCCAGUGCAAAUUCUGAGUUCAGACAAGAUUGGAAAAAGAUGAAGGCUGAGUAUGAGCACCUUAGCCUAAAAAUAGAGGAAGCAGGCAGAAAAUCAGGGCCAUGGGAUCUAACAGGCGAGUUUGCUAUUUUCUCCAACGUUGAACGCAGCAACCAUCCAACUAUAAUCAAGGCUAUAGGAGAUAACAAGCAAAGCUCUUCAGAUGGUGAUGUGCCACAUUUGGUUUACAUUUCCAGAGAGAAACGGCCAAAACAUGCACAUCAUUACAAAGCUGGUGCCAUGAACGUUCUGACUAGAGUGUCUGGGUUGAUGACGAAUGCGCCCUACAUGCUGAACGUAGACUGUGAUAUGUUUGUGAAUAAUCCACAAGUUGUUCGCCAAGCAAUGUGUCAGCUUCUGGAUUCCAAGAGUGAAAGAGAAAUCGCAUUUGUUCAGUAUCCUCAAUGUUUUUAUGAUGGACCAAAGGAUGAUCCCUACGGGAACCAACUUGUGGUAUUGAUGGAAUAUUUGGGCCGUGGAAUAGCUGGAAUCCAAGGACCUUGCUAUAGCGGAACAGGAUGUUUUCAUAGACGAAAAGUCAUCUAUGGCCUAUGGCCCGAUGAUUCAGAAAAUCAGGGAAGAAAUCAUACAUCAAUUGACGGAAAAUUAACUGAUAAUGAACCGCUAAAAGAGUUUGGGAAAUCAAAGGAGUUUUCGGAAUCAGUAACUUAUGCAUUGAUAGGGAAGAAGGGUUUUUCAAACAACAUUUCAGGUUCUCUUGAGGCAGCAUUCCAAGUUUCACGUUGUGGCUAUGAAUUUGGUACUAGCUGGGGAACAAAGGUUGGAUGGAUAUAUGGAUCCAUGACAGAAGAUGUCAUAACGGGGUUGACGAUUCAUAAGAAAGGGUGGAAAUCCACCUUUCCCAUGCCCAACCCACCGGCCUUUCUAGGAUGUGCGCCGUCUGGGGGUCCGGCCGCAAUGACUCAACAGAAAAGGUGGGCUACAGGCCUGCUUGAAAUCCUCGUUAGCGACAAGAGCCCCAUAUUUGCCACGCUGACCGACAGGCUCCAAUUCAGGAUGUUCUUAGCAUACUUUUGGAUUCUUUCUUGGGGCCUCGGCUCAAUUCCUGAGUUGUGUUAUGCUGCUCUGCCUGCAUAUUGCAUCAUCGCCAACUCGCAUUUCUUGCCCAAGGUCCAGGACCCGGCUAUAUUGAUUCCACUUGCCAUUUUUGUGAUUUAUAACCUGCUCACUCUCAGGGAAUACCUCAAAACUGGCAUCUCCAUCCGAGCAUGGUGGAAUAACAUGAGAAUGGGAAGAAUAAAUGCAGCCUCGGCAUACUUAUUUGGAACUCUAAGUGUCGUACUUAAACUCUUAGGAUUAUCUGAUACAGUUUUUGAAGUUACACAGAAAGAUCAAUCUUCUGAUGGUGAUCAAACUAACGAUACCACAAAUUUUACUUUCGAUGCGUCACCAAUUUUUGUGCCGGGCACGACCCUUAUGCUGGUGCACCUGACAGCACUGCUCGCCCUCUCCUUAAAGUUGCGACCAUUAGUUCAUGAUGUUGGGCAUGUAGUCGGGCUUGGGGAGGUCUUGUGUAGCAUAUGGGUGGUGCUAUGCUUCUUGCCAUUUCUGAAAGGGUUGUUUAGAACAGGAAAAUAUGGGAUUCCUUCCUCCACCAUAUUCAAGUCAACUUCGUUGGCAUUAGUUUUUGUUUAUUUGUGUAGGACUUCAUAGUGUUGACGCUGGGAUUAUUAACAAAACUUUAUAUACACUAGAGUGCUUUCUGUGCGAUA